UCACCAGAGGAGCAGGCCUGUGCAUUGGGCAGCGACGGGUUAAACACUGGACUGGUGGGGCCGAAGUUGCCGACAGGCCCAAGCAGGGAGGGAGGGACAGACUGACCACAGACUAGCUGCUCUGCAGGUCAGCGGGGAAUUGGGCGGUUCCUUCCGCCUGACUUCCCGUCUCCGUGCUGCGGGUCCACACACGGUCAGGGUCGCUGUGGUGGGGUUUAGCCGCAGUAUCUGGUCCACCAUCGUGUCCGAGUCCCGGCCUCUGGAAACAGGUCCGCCACGGGGCGCUGAGUGCCGGCCGGGACGAUGCAGUCCGGAUCGCUGCUCCACGCUGGCUACUCGCACCCCUCACUCCGCGCCUGGCAGACAUGCGCCACCACCUUCACCGCCAACAACCUCAUCUACCCCAUCUUUGUAACUGAUGAUGCGAACGCUGUGGAACCCAUUGCCAGCCUCCCAGGACAAGCCAGGUAUGGAGUCAAUAAGCUGGAGGCGAUGCUGCGGCCUCUUGUCGACCAGGGGCUGGCUUGUGUGUUGAUCUUUGGAGUUCCAACCAAAGUCACCAAGGAUGAGAGAGGGUCAGGAGCAGAUGUUCAGGACACACCGGCCAUCCUGGCCAUUCAGAAACUCCGCAGCACAUUCCCAAAUCUGCUGAUCGCCUGUGAUGUCUGUCUCUGCCCUUACACUGCCCACGGCCACUGUGGAAUACUGCGUGAGGAUGGGACUUUGAACAAUGAAGCAAGCUGCCACCGGCUGGCAGAGGUGGCACUAUCCUACGCCAAGGCAGGUUGUCACAUCGUGGCCCCCUCUGAUAUGAUGGACGGCAGAGUGGGCUCCAUAAAGCAGGCCCUCGUCUCCAAUGACUUGGGAAACAAGGUUUCCCUGAUGAGCUACAGUGCCAAGUUUGCUUCGUGUUUCUAUGGGCCGUUCCGAGACGCUGCCCUGUCCAAGCCGGCCUUUGGAGACCGCAAAUGCUACCAGCUGCCCCCGGGUGCCCGAGGUCUCGCCAUGCGGGCCGUGGGCCGUGACGUGGAGGAGGGGGCCGACGUGCUGAUGGUGAAGCCGGGAAUGCCGUACCUGGACAUGAUACGUGAGGUGAAGAACAAGUAUCCCAGCCACCCGCUGGCAGUGUACCACGUGUCGGGGGAGUUUGCGAUGCUGUGGCACGGGGCCCAGGCGGGGGCGUUUGACCUGCAAACGGCCGUAAUGGAGGCACUGACCGGCUUCAGGAGGGCAGGAGCUGAUAUCAUCAUCACCUACUAUGUGCCGCAAAUCCUGAGCUGGCUGAACAAGGCUUGAUGUUGCUCUGCCUGGACACUGGACACAUGCAAGGCUCGCUCCCCCCCUCCUGCACCCAUCCUCAGCCCCCCCAGCCUGCUCCAACCAACCUCCACUCUCCCCUGCCAGGUAGUUUGUCAGACACCAGCCUUUACACCUGAACUCUAGUGUUGAACAGAGAGAGAGAUACACAGAUGUUUAGCGCCUCUCGUGUGUGGUCACAUUAUGUUUUUGAAUGAAUCUGACCAAGAGGAA